AGAGUAAUACUCUACAAUGUGGCAGGACCUUCCGAUCCAAUGAUCCAGACCAAUCUGCAAACCACAGCCUACUUUCCCGAGGUGCCGGAGAACGUGACGCUGGAGAAGAGCACUGUGAGCAGCCUACUGUUCAACUGGGAUCCGCCCACGUACACAAAUGGACCCAUGAAGUACUACCAGGUUUUCCUGAUGCGCCACGAGGCCAGCUACUUUGUGCCCGAGGAGUGCGCCGAGGUGCCUCAGGACACCAAGUCGGAGACCAAGGGCGAUCCUAAUGUGAACUUCACGGGUCUGGCUCCGGCGGUUCGAUAUAUGAUGCAGGUGGCGGCACAGAAUGACUUCGGCAUGGGCACCUAUACCGAACCCGUAAUUGGCACCACUUUGCCCGGAGUAUCCGACAGCGUGACCCAGUUGACCGUUCUGUCCCAGGGCCCGAAGAACAACAACACCGAAUACGAGGCGAACGUGACCAUCACGUGGAAUGUGCCCUGCAAGUCCCAUGGCGAUAUAGAGUACUUCCAGCUGAACUUCACAGGCUCACGGACGAACUACGCUCCAGUCACACUGCAACGGAGGGUGCAACUGGACACGGGGAAUAAACAGGGACGGAUGUCCUACACGGAGACGGAAAUGCAGCCGCAGUUUGACUAUACGGUGGAGGUGUCCGUGAAGAAUCGCGAUGUGGAGCAGUUGAGCAGCAGCGUGGCUGGCAAUUGGCAGUCGCCGCCGGGACUGCCCACCAUUCCGAGUGAAGAGCUGAUCAAGCAAAUGCGCGCCAACGUCGACGAGACGUCCAGUCCAACGAAAACGGCCCUUGUCCGACUUCCUGCCGACAUUAUGACAUCCGAGUUCGGUGACAUCAAGUGGGUGGCACUGAUGGUCUCGCAGAAGAACUGCGCUGGAGUCCCGCACCUCAAAUACGAUGUGAGCAGCGAUUGGCCAAAGGUUCUAUCCUACCAAGCUGCCGGAGCCGAUGGCACCGGCGACUGCAGCCUGGAGUACCAAACCACCGAGGAGCGCUGGCAUCCGGAACCCGUCCAACGUCUGGGAAGGAAUGGAGAGCUAACCACCGAAGAGGAAAUCGUUUUUACCAUCGGAGUGGACAAGUGUUCCGAGAUCACGAAGACGUACUGCAAUGGACCUCUGCUGCCCGACACGGAUUACAACGUUGUGGUGAGGCUGUUCACCGCGUCUGGUUAUAGCGAUGCCGCCGUGCUCAACUUCAAAACCAAGGCGGCCAUCAAGGUGACCCUGAUCCUGGUGAGCGUUUGCAGCUGUCUGCUGCUGGCCUUCGUGCUGGGAUUGACGGUUCUCUGGGUGCGAAAGCGAUUGGACUGGAAACGGGACUCUGGCCAGGGUAUCGAGGACCCCUUUGGCAAUGUCAUUGCCAAGAACUUUGCCAUCUUUUAUGCAGAGGUCGCCAAGCCGGAGAAGUUGACCAGGGAGUUCAAGGAGAUCACCGUCGUGGCCUUGGAGCUCAGCUACUCCGCCUCCGAAUUGGGUUGCCACAAGAAUCGCUAUGCGGACAUAUACCCCUACGACAAGAAUCGCGUGAUUCUGGACAUCGAUGCGGAGGGCUCGGACUACAUCAAUGCCUCCUUCAUAGAUGGUCACACCCGGAAGAAGGAGUACAUAGCCACCCAGGGACCAAAACCGGAGAGUGUGAUGGACUUUUGGCGCAUGGUCCUGCAGUACAACGUGCGGGUUAUUGUGCAAGUGACCCAGUUUCGCGAGGGCAAUACGAUAAAGUGCCACGAGUACUAUCCUUAUAACGCGCGUGGAUUGACCGUGACUAUCAAGUCCAAGGAGGUGAUGGAGCUGUACGAUCGCACUGAGUUGACCGUUGUGCACGAUAAGUACGGGCUGAAGGAGAAGGUCGUCCACUACUAUUUCAAAAAGUGGCCCGAUCACGGCGUGCCCGAGGAUCCCAUGCACUUGAUUGCGUUCGUGAAGAGGGUGAAGGCGGAACGGCGACCCAGUUACUCGCCCAUCGUGGUCCAUUGCAGUGCGGGAGUGGGCAGAACGGGCACCUUUAUCGGUCUGGAUCUGAUCAUGCAGCGAUUGAAGAGCGAGUCGAAAAUCAAUAUAUUCGAAACGGUCAAAAAACUGCGUUUUCAGCGCAUGAAAAUGGUGCAAACGCAGCAGCAGUACACGUUCCUCUAUGCCUGCACCUAUGAGCUGGUCAAGCAUAAGAUUCCCCGAGCUGCCUUGAAACUGGAGGGGCGUUCCAAGUCCGAGACCAUGCCCGCCAUUCCCGCACCCAAAAAGGUGAGCUUUCCGGACGUGGAUGUCGGCGACGGGCAGGUGUCAUCGGCACCGUUGUCCGAAGUGGAGAACGGUGUGCCCAUCCUGCAGCUGCCCGCUCGGUACUCCGGUCUGCGGAGGAGCAGUCCACCUAACGAAAACGAUGGUCCAACUACCAGCAGCAAUAUGUGAGAGGAUCUGUGU